AUGGCAUGUCCCGAAGGUCAGAAAGUGCAUCUUGGUACCUUUAUGUUGACGGAGGAAGCUGAACAUUGGUGGAAUAAUGCGCGCCAACGUUUAGAUAAUGCAGGGACUGCAAUUACUUGGGCUAUAUUCAAGAACAUGUUUCUAAUUAAGUAUUUCCCUGAAGAUAUCUGUAAUAGAAAGGAGAUGGAAUUUGUUAAAUUGGAACAGGGGAAUAUGUCGGUAGCGGAGUAUGCUGCUAAGUUCGAGGAAUUAUCUAGGUACUAUCCACUCUAUGUUGGAGAGGCAGGAGAAAAGUCUAAGUGCAUCAAGUUUGGAAUGGGACUCAGACCAGAGAUCAAGAAACAGGUUGGAAUGCAAGAGAUCCGUGACUUUCCUACCCUAGUGAAUAAGAGUAGGAUUUAUGAUGAGGAUAGUCGUGCUGAAAAGGAACAUUACAGAAACACUGGUACCAUGAAGGACAACAGACCUAUGCAUCAUAAUAGAGGAAAACCUUACUAUUUUCCUCCUAGUAAAUCUGGAAGUCGUCAUAAUUAUCAACAAUAUAGUUUUUCAGCUGGAAAAGGAGCUAGUAGUGGUAACGGAAAAGGAAAUGGAAACAGUUAUAGUGAUGGGAGUGGUAGAGGAAACCCCAAUGGACGAGGAGUUAGUAAUGAAAAUAGUAACAACAGGAGUCAAGUCUCGAGCAACAACAAUGGUAAUAAUGGUGAUCCAACUACUCCUAUCCGAUGUCACAGGUGUAGUAAGCAGGGUCACAUGGCAUAUGAAUGCCACAUUAGCACCACAAGCCCCUACCCGAGGAAGACUCCACAACCUAGAAACCAGAAUUCCCAAGCCAGCCGACCUAAAUACAAUGGAAGAGUCUUUGCCCUCAGCGGUGCAGAAGCGUCUGAGAAAGACAACUUGAUCCAAGGUACAUGUCUCAUAAAUGAUACUCCUUUAUUUGUACUAUUUGAUUGUGGUGCCACUCAUUCCUUUGUGUCUCUUGACUGUGUUAGACGUUUAGGACUACCUGUAUCUUGUUUGCAGUAUGAUUUGAUUGUGAAUACCCCAACUAGUGAUUCUGUUGAUACCUCUAGUGUUUGUCUUGACAUUUCUAUCCAUGUGUGUGGAAGGGACUUCUGA